AUGGGCCUCACGUUUCCCCUGCCUAUCACAUGGGCCUCUUGUUUCCCCUUCCUAUCGCAUAAUCCUCACGUUUCCCCCACUCUCUUCUACCUCUCGCAUCCGCAUUACGUUUUUUCUCCAUCCUCUUCUUCCUCUCGCAUGGCCGUGACGUUUCCCUUCUCCGCUUCUUCAUCUCACAUGCGCCUCACGCUUCCCCUUUUCUCUUCAACCUCUCUCAUGUGCACGCCGUUUCCCCUCCUCUCUCAUCACGUUUUUCCUCUUGCAUGCGCCUCACCUUUCAAACCCUCUCUUCUUCCUCUCGCAUGCUCCCCUCUUCUCUCCUUCCACCCGCGUGCGUCUCUCGUUUCCCCUCCUCUCUUCACCCUCUCGCAUCAGCCGGGCGUUUCCCAUCCUCCCUGCUUCCUCUCGCAUGCGCCUUACGUUUCAACUCCCCUCAUCUUCCUCUCGCCCGAGACUCGCGUUUCUCCCCCUCUCUUCUUCCAUUUGCACCCUACCUCUCGUUUCCCCCUCACCUUUCCCCUCAUCUCUUCUUCCCCUCGCAUGCGCCUCACUCUUCAAUCUUUCGCUUCUUCCUCUCGCAUGCGCCUCACGUUCCCCCCCCUCUCUCCUUCCUCUCGCAUGGGCUUCACGUUUCCCCUCCUAUCUUCUUCCAUUCGCAUGCGACUCGCGUUCCCCCCCCCCACCCCCCUCUCUUCUUCCUCUCGCAUGCGCCUCUCGUGCUACCCCCUCUCUUCUUCCUCCCGCCCUGGCCGUCACGUUUCUCCCCAUGUGCAUCUCUCCCUGGGUCAUGCGCCUCUCGUUUCCCCUCCUCUCUUCUUCCUCUCUCCUGCGCCUGACGUUUCCACUCCUCUGUACGUCCUCUCGCAUCCGCCUCACGUUUUCCGCCCUCUCUUAUUCAUCUCGCAUGCGACUCACGUUUCCCUCGCCCCCUUCUUCCUCUCGCAUGCUCCUCCCGUCAUCUCUCCGCCCCCCAUCCUCUCACAUGCGCGUCUCGUUUUCUCUACGUGUUUCAUCAUAGCGUCAGCGCAUCUCCGCUGUCCUUCGCGUUUCGUGCUAUCACAUCAGGCUCACGUUUCCCCCUCCGGGCAGCUUGCUCUCGCAUUUGCAAAUACGUUCAGCACGUCCCCUUUCCUGCGCUCACAUGCCCGUCACGUUUUCCGACCGCGUUUCUUGCUUUCCCUGCAGCGCAUCACACAGCCCCACACGAUGGCGCGUCUGGCUUUCCUCGUCGCAACCCUGUCGGUGAUGCUUGUGGUGGCUUCUGCUGAUAAGCCAACCCUUCAGACUGGACCCAGCAACCCGGCAGUCAACCUCGACCAAGCCAAGGGCGCUAAUGGCGUCGUGACGGAUGUCCCUGCUAGCAUCGAGAAGGCGGCGGCAGCGGGCAAGCUGGACCAACUCCAGGGCCAGACGGUCGUGAGCUCGGCCACGGACAGUAUCCUGAUGGUGGACGUGAAGCAGGCCGGAUGGAACAAGAUGAAGUGCAAGUGGAGCGCGGGCUUUGCCGAUGCCGGCAAGGGCGCGUGCACGGUUCAGAACUGCUCCCUGGGCGGCAUCCCCGCCAAGUGGAAGACGUCGAACCUGCUCAAGAACAAGCUCGGAGUGGAGGUGUACGUGAAGGGCAACCCGUGCACUGUGAAGAAGGCGUCCCCGCAGACUUGCUGCAACACGUGCGCGGGUUUCUCUGGGUGCACGUACUGGCAGUACAUUCCCGAUAUCACCAUCGACGGCAAGAAGUCCGAUGGCGCGUGCUACCUGGUGCACGACAACAUCGACUUCACCUGCGGUGAGCUGACCGCGCAGUACGCGACGGACUCGAAGCCCAUCGCGCUGCAGCUCCGUUCUGUCCGUGGACUGCGCGUUCACCGAGUACCACCGCGCCAAGCAACUGAGCCCCGUGCAGCACAUCGACCUGGAGCCCCUUCCCUAAACGCGGUGCUCGCAUUCGGUGGGCUGUUCCUGGUGGGCUUGUCAAAUCACUCUUUUUUCCAAGAGUCCGUGGACUCCGCAUACACCGAGUACCACCGCGCCAAGCAACUGAGCCCCGUGCAGCACAUCGACCUGGAGCCCCUUCCCUAG